AUGGCGAUCCUGCAGGACUGGUGUGGGUGGAUGGGCGUGAAUGCCCAACGUUCGGUGCUCAUCCUGGGCAUCCCUGAUGACAGUGAGGAAGAAGAAUUCCAGCAAGCAGUGCGGGGUGCCUUCAGGCAUCUGGGCAGAUACCGGGUGCUUGGCAAGGUCUUCAGAAAGGAGAUUGGGGCGAAGGUCGCUUUGAUUGAAUUCGCCGACAACUUAAGUCAACGUUUGAUCCCGCAACAAAUUCAAAAUAAUAGGGAGCCCUGGACUGUGGCCUUUCUGCCUCAGGUCCCUGAUGCUGAGUUUGAGGGGAGAUUUAGUUUCCCUGCACAGGUCCAUGAGCAAGCUUUUGCAGGGGCUGCAGCUGGGGCAGGGGCUGAAGCUGAGGGAGUAGAUGAGCCAGGAGCACCAGGAGAGGAAGGAGCUGUAGGCGAGGAAGGAGGAAGUAGUGAGGACGAAGGAGCAGCAGGUGAGGAAGAAAUGGGUGAGGAGGGAGCAGCAGGUGAAGCAAGAGGGUCUGAUGGGGAAGUAGAAGAUGAAGAAGGAGCAACAGAGGAGGAAGGGGAAACCAAGGGAGGAGAAACGGAGGAAGGAGAAAUGGAGGAAGGAGUACUGGACGAGGAAGAAGCUGGAGGUGAAGCAGGAGUGUCAGAUGAGGACAUAGAUGAGGAAGUUGUACUUGACGCACAGGCUAUUGAGGAAGCAAAGAUGUCAGAUGAGGAAGGAUCUGGAGGUGACGUGGGAAUUGUAGGUGUUCUAGGAGCUGUGGGUUGGGCAGGAGCAGCAGGUGAAGGAGGAGUUUUAGAGGCAGGAGGAGGUGAUGAAGGAUCUGCGGGUGAUGAGAGGUCUGGAAGUGGUGAGAGAUAUGCAGGGGUCGAAGGGUCUGUGGAUGGUGCAGGAGCAGCAGGACAGGGGGAAGGUGUAGGGGAUGCAAGAAUGUCAGAUGAGGGAGCUGCAGGUGACAUGGGAGUUGCAGGUGUUAGAGGAGCUGUGGGUUUGGCAGGAGGUUCAGGUGAGGAAGGGGAUUUUGACACAGCAGGAGGUGCACAUGGAGCAGGAGCCUGGACCCAGCAGUGGAGCCAGGACCUGCAGUCCAUCCUGGAUAACAUGGCCUACCAGGAGCUGAGACCCUUCUCUGGGUUGGAAGAGCCUGGCUGUGGAGGAGAGGCCUUUGAGAGCUGGCUGACCCAUGCCAACGACAUGCUGUACCUGUGGCGCCACAUACCCGAGAGGGAGAGGCGGCGACGGCUGAUGGAGAGCUUGGGAGGUCCUGCUCUGGAUAUCCUCUAUGGGUUUCUGGAAGAGCAUCCAGAUACCCCUGCGCAGGAGUGCCUGGCUGCACUGGCACAGGCAUUUCGCGGCCAGGAUAUGGUGAUGGCGGCACGGCUGAAGUUCAUGACUUGCUGUCAGCAGCCUCAGGAGACUCUCUUUGACUACAUGAUGCGUCUGGAAGGACUGCUGCAGGUGGCUGUGGAGAAGGGGGGCAUCCAGCCCGCAAUGGUGGAACAGUUGUGGGACCAGAAGGUGCUGAUGCAGGCCCAACCCAACCAGAUGCUGCACAACAACCCGAGAAAGAUGGAGAUGCAGAGGGGAGCCCCUGGCUUUCUGGAGCAGCUCAGUCUCCUUCAGGAGACUGAAGCAUGGGAGGCAGCUCUGACUGAAAAUGUGCAGGUCCAAAUGCAGGAAGGGGUGGAAGUGUGCGGUGGUGGUGGUGGUGGUGAGCUGAAUGUGGCCCAGGGUGCCCUUGUCAGUGCUGAGGGGGUCGACCCUGCAUGUGCUGGUGGAGAGGCCUCCCCAGCCAGUGAAGCCCCUGGCAGAGCUGCUGCUGUCUCUGAGCUUGCUACUGAGGCAGAUCCUGAUGGUGAUCGUACCAUAAAGGCAGGCCCUGGCUCUAGUGAGGCAAAGGUCUCCACUGAUACUCAGGAAGAUGAAAAUAUAUCUUCCGCUGCUGGUCCAGUUGGGCCUGAAACCUUGGUCCAUUCAGGAGAGCAGGAAGUGGAAGAGCCUAUACCAGAGGGGCUCAAAGAGGAGUCAGGAAAUGAAGCUGGGGCAUGGGAAGCUAGUUACCCCAAAUCCUUCUUGGGCAAAUAG